UCACACUACAUCUGGGUCUGCUGUCACUGCUGCAUCCGGAUGAGCUAGACCCAGUUGCCAGGACCAGAUUGGCCUGUAUGUGCAGUGGUCUCUGGUCACCUCUCGAGGUUUGGUUUUGUUUUGUUUCGUUUUCCCUCUCAAUAACACAAUUGCAUUAAUCUGCUGGAAAAGAAGUCCAUCUGAAAGCCAAGAACACAGAACACAACUCUUUUUUUCUUUCCCUAUCUCAUCUAGAAUAGUUGAUUUCCGUAACGUUUAUUUCCAACAGCCGCUUUCAGCUUCCUGCAUCUGAAGUGUUUCCACCUGUGGAUGGGGCGAGAGUGGGGCUGUGGCAUCUGGAGGAAUCUAGCUUUAACCCAGGAUUUAUCCUGAAGAAAAUACUUGCAGAGGAAAAAGAAAUGUCAUUUGACUCACUGAAGAAUUAAAAAACCAACAGCACCACAGAACCGUGUGGGAGAAAAGGGGAUUUUAGGCUCAAGUGACACAAUCAGGUCUUGAGAAGAAGAGAUUUGGAUGGUUUCUCACCAAAUGGAAAUUAUCUAGAAAGCCUCCGAGACCCCUGCAACUCUUCAUUCCACUCCUGCUGUGUGGAGACAGAGCUCUUGGCCCUGAACGUUAAUAAAAUGCUGGAUUCAGUCAAGUGUGUCCUGGUGGGAGACUCUGCGGUGGGGAAAACAUCUCUGUUGGUACGUUUCACCUCUGAUACUUUUCCAGAUGACUACAGACCCACUGUAUAUGAAAAUACUGGAGUAGACGUCUUCAUGGAUGGUGUACAGAUCAGCCUAGGUCUUUGGGACACAUCUGGCAGUGAUGCCUUCAAAGGCAUUCGCCCCCUCUCAUACCAACAGGCAGAUGUGGUGUUGAUGUGCUACUCAGUGGCAAACCACAAUUCCUUUCUGAACCUGAGGAACAAAUGGAUUGGUGAGAUCCGCAGCCAUUUGCCCCGCAUCCCUGUUUUGGUAGUGGCCACUCAGACUGACCAGCGGGACGUGGGGCCCUACCGCUCCUCCUGCAUCAGCCCCAUAGACGGGAAGCGGCUUGCCCAGGAGGUGCGAGCCAAAGGCUACCUGGAGUGCUCUGCCCUCAGCAACCGGGGCGUGCAGCAGGUGUUUGAGUACGCUGUGCGGACAGCAGUCAACCAGGCCAAACGGCAGAACAGGCGGAAGCUCUUCUCCGUUAAUGAGUGCAAGAUCUUUUGAGGACCAUCAGCAGUGGGUUUGCCCACGUUCGUUCCUUCUGUCUUCACGCAAAGGUACUGCGGUAGAGAGAGUGGGAAGUGAAUCAAAGGAGGCCUCCUGGCAGGACCACAGUGCAGGUGCCCCUGCUGAGACAGAUGUGCACUCCAUCUGAUCACACAUGGGCACUAUCUUGAAAAACAUGAGGUGCAGGUACAUGCCUUUAUUCAUAAGCCUUUGUUUGAACUUUGCUAGCCUGGACUGGAGCAGGCCUAGCCUGGAGAGCUACAGAUAUUAGCUGUGCUGAUUUUGUUGUUGUUUCUGUUGAUGUUCCUCAGUUGUUGGUUUGUCUACAUUUAUUUAAUGACAAACAUCUGCUUCAAUCAACCCCCAUCUCUUGACAUGUCUGUCCAUGUGGAGUUUUUUUUUUAUUUUAAGAACUUUGUGUUAUAAAAUCUGACUACUUUGUAUUCUAUUUAAAAGACUC